GUGUAGAGUAGAGUCGUAAGUCGUAACAAAGCUUUAUUUGGUAAUAAGGUUUGGUGGAGGUUUUAAGUGCUGUGGGACCCGCCUUCUUAGUUGUCCUAAAAUCCGUCACGCAUCCAAAUACUUUAAUUUUGUUUAACAGAAAAAAAAGCUGUAAUUUUUUGAUUUAGUGAUUCUGCCGACUGUCGUGUAUCCGGUAUACCCGAGAAGAAAAGCCCAUGUUUAUUUUGCGUCUGGGCGCUCCCCCUUCAACCUUCUCUUGCUUUGUUUACCACCAUCAAGAUAUAGAGAUUUGUUGGAGCUUUUAACAUUGAGAUCUGUACCAUUCUUUUUUCGGUUUCUGUAAUUUCACUUUUCUCUGUUUCUGAUUAUUCCUUCUUAUAAUUUUCAUUGGAGAUCAAUUUCUUUUUUCCUUUGAUUUUCAUUGAGCUUCAUGUAAGUUGAACUUCUUUCAUUGCUUGCCUUGACUGAUAAUAUGACUUGUCGAUCUUAUGAGUUGCAAGGUUAGUUGAUCCUUGGAGUGAUUGAGGGGCAGCUGGAUGCUGUUUUCUUACACAUGUUAAUAUGGAAAAGAAAAAGGCAAUCUCUCAAUACAGAGAGAGGCUGGACAACACUCUGUCCUCUGCUGAACUGACUGAUCCCGAGACACUUAAAACCCUUGUCAAGAAUCAGAUUUUACGAUAUGCACAACAUGAGAAAGAAGAAUUUAGUGAACAUUUAUUGGACAAAAGGGCUCAGGAAGUAUCCAAUUUUCUCGACAUGUUAAGGAGUACUUCUGUUGAUGAUCAUCAAGUGUCAGAAUACAGUGAGACAUCACAUGGGGAAUGGAAGUUGAAGCAUGAUAAUGAAGAGUUCCGUGUUAUGUACCGUGAAGGACCUCAUGGCACCCCUUUUCAUACUUUACUAGUUGAAGGCUAUGUAGAUGGGCCUUUGGAUGUUUGUUUAUGUAUCUCUUGGGAGUCACCCCUAUACAAGAAAUGGUGGCCUCAGUCUAGCUUUCCACCUUUCAAAGUAACUAGUUCCACCUGUUUGCAAAAGAUCCGAAUUGGUGAACAGAUAGCUCUAGUGAGGGUGAAGGUUGCAUGGCCGCUGUCAGCUAGGGAGGCUCUAGUACACUAUUUUUUCUUUGAGUACUUUCAAGAUGAUCUGAUUGUUAUUCUUGUGAACACGAUAUCAGAUGUGAGCCAUAUUGAUAAAGCAACUCAUGGAUUUACUAAUGAUGGAAUCCCUGAAGCAAAAGAUGUUGUAAGGAUUGAUGUAGUUGGAGGCUUUGCUUUGCAGAAGGUGAACAACGAGAGAAGCUACUUUAGGACAAUAGCAAAUAUGGAUAUGAAGCUGGAUUUUGUCCCUCCAUCCCUUAUAAACUUCAUUGCAAGGCAGCUUAUUGGAAAUGGUUUUAGACUCUAUCAGAAGACUGUGGCUUCUGUCACUAAUAGCGAUGAGGAUUACAGCAAAGCCUUGGGAGACCCUCUGUUUUGCCUAAUUCGUGGAGCUCUUUUUUCCAAUAACAAAUCAGGCGAAGUUCUUGAAGCACAAGAAAUUAAAAGGGAACCUGGUAUUUUUCCUAAGGAGGAUGAAAUUGUGCCUAACGAGAAUGAAAUUGUAGACAUACAAGAUGGCACAAACGAUGCAGAACCAGAGGUUCAUGCUAAUGAACCUGCUGGUGAAUCUCCACUGAAGAUAGCACUAGACGCAAAGAGAAAAGCUUUUGGUGAAAUUGAGGAAGAAGAAAGUGAAGAGAGUACAUGCUUGGAGGAGAGCAUUAAGGCUGCAAAUCAACCUUCAACCAAUAGUUUUGCUGAUUCAAGUGGCGUAAAUGCUAAACAAAGGGUUUCUAUUCGUCCAGAGGUGAAAGAAGCUCUGGGAACAUUGGAGAAGGCCAUUUCAAUUGUACGGCAAUAUAGAUUUAAUGCCCAAAGCAGAUCUUCUAGUUUCUCUGAUGAAGAAACUCCGAAUUUUGAAGAGGGUGCUGUAGAAGACUCAACUUUUUCUGCAGAAGCCAAUGUUUGUUCAAAAGUCGAGGUUGGUCAUGAAGCUGGCUCCAAAAAGUUCGCGGAGGAUUUGGAUACGACUUCGGAUAACUCCAAGAAUAGCAAUGACAUAAACAACACAAGGUCUGGUGGACCAAAUUCUAUGUCAAGGGAAGUACACCAUAACAAAGUAGUACCGGCAUCGCCUCAUCAAAAUGCAUCAAUGCUACCAAUGGAUGGUAACCAGGUUGGUUUGAAUUCUUAUGGGAAUGGAACCAUAAAGACAAAUGGGUUUCAUGAAAAGGGUGUUGAAAAGCCGAGUAAGUGGAGAAAGCAUAGGUACUGUUGCAUUGGUUUCAAUUCAGGGUAGGUAUUAGCCUCCACCCCUGAAGAAGACAGACCUUAGAUGGAUCAAAGCAAGGUAUUUCAUUUUAAUAAGACCUAAUAGAGUGGAUUUUGUAAUAUCUUAUACAAUAAUAUGUUGUAAUUUGUAACCCUAAAUAAGUUUUUAAGUACCAAUUUUAACAA